AUGGCGGCGUCGACGGACGGCCGCGAUGGCGUCUCAGGGCCGUCGCCAGAGGACGAAGCAUCGCUGUCGUCGCACCUCACCUUCGCGUGGGUGGGGCCGCUGAUCCGGCUGGGCAACGCCAAGGUGCUGCACGCCUCCGACCUGCCGCCGCUCUGCCCGCGCGACUCCUCCGCUGCUGUCGCACCCUCGCUCAGGGCCGCGUGGCACGCUGAGACGGCCGCCACCCACAGGCGUCCCUCUCUAGCCCGCGCGUUGGUGAGCGCGUUCAUGCACCCCUUCAUGGCAGCGGGAGCACUGAAGCUCAUUCACGACCUGCUGCAACUCGCCUCGCCGCUGCUGCUACAGCAGAUCAUCCUCCACCUCAGCAUGACGUCAUUCCACGUCAGCACAGCAGCUCCGCACACAGCAGUCAGCAGCUCAGCCGAGGGGCUCCUUGGUCCCUCACUCAUUCUCCCCAACUCCUCUUUCCCCCUCCCCUCCACCCUCACACCGUCCCUCCACCGCUCGCUCCUCUCCACCGCCCCAGCUGCUCCCUUCACUACCCUCCUCCCCUCCCUCUCCCCAGCACCGCAACUCCUCUCCUGGAUCUUCUUCCCGCUGCUCUCUCUCGUCCCUCAGGCGCUCCCCCACACGCAAACCCCAAUCACCAACACCACUGCUGCUUUCAUGGCCCCCCUCGCGCACUCCACAACUCACCCACUCCCUUCCUCUGCCUCCGCGCACCCAUCCUCGUUACUGGCCGCCUCGCUACCAGCGUGGCUGCCGGGGCUGCUGCUAGCGGGGGUGCUGCUGGCGUGCAACGUGGGCCAGUCGCUCGUCGCCCAUCAGUACUUCCACCGCCUCUACCGCCUCUCCUCCCAUGUGCGCACGGCGCUGGUGGCGCUCAUCUACUCCAAGGCGCUGCGCAUCUCCGCUGCAGCGCGCCACUCCACCAGCCUCGGGGAGAUUGUGAAUCUGCAGAGCAACGACGCGGAGAAGCUGGCGAAGCUGUGCAUCUAUCUGCACAUUGUGUGGAGCGGCCCCCUGCAGAUCCUUGGUGCCUUGGCCUUCCUCUUUCGCUUCCUCUCUGUCAUCCCUGCCGUGGCGGGGCUGGCGACGAUGCUGCUGCUGAUGCCGUUCAACGGGGUGCUGAUGGGGCGCCUGUCAGCGGUGCGCCACCGCCUCAUAGCGCGCACCGAUGCGCGCGUGCGCCUGCUCACGGAGGCCGUGGGGGCCGUGCGUGCCGUGAAGCUCAACGGGUGGGAGGCGCUGUUCAAAGGGCGCAUAGAGGCGAGGCGGGCGGAGGAGAUGAAGGAAGUCACCGCCUCCGUGCUGCUCGAGGCCAUGGGGCUAUUCGUGUACUACCUCACGCCCAUGGUGGUCAGUGUCGUCUCCCUCGCCGCCUAUGUGCUGCUCGGCCGCCCGCUCACCGCUGACGUCGCCUUCCCCGCCCUCGCCCUCUUCAACCUCCUCAGGUCUGCCUCGCCCCAUACCCCAUCCCAACCCCCCUCCUCCCCCACACCGCCCUCCCCCCUGCGCGCUCCACCCCUGUUGCACAUGCAUUACAGGUUCCCCCUGGCCAUGAUUCCCGAUCAAAUCAACGACUACGUGCAAGCCAAGGUCUCUGCGGGCCGUGUUGAAAAGUUUCUGCUGCUGCCCGAGAUCGUUCCAUUGGAAGAGGAGCCGGGCAGCCAGAAGGGCAACAUAAAGCUUUGCAAUGCCUCCUUCUCCUGGGGACGUGGGGCAGGCGAACUGGACAGCACCAGUGAUGCUGAUGGCAGUGGCAGCAAUGAUUCAAGCAGCAUUGGUGGUGGUGGCAGCAGUGGUUGUGAUGGCAGUGCUGUGGCAGUGGGUGUGAACGUGUUGGGUGCAUGUGAAGCAAAGGGGAAGGGAGGGAAGCAGGGAGGAAAGGAGGGGGGGGAAGGGGGAGAAGGGGCGUUGGCACUGUGUGACGUGACUCUGGACAUUCCUCCAGGGCAGCUCGUGAUCGUCGUGGGUUUCUCAAACACAUCCUCCCUCUUCCCCUCCCCAUCCGCCCCACCUCCCUCGACCGCCCUUCCUCCCCCCAUCCGCCCCGCCUCCCCCCAUCCGGCCGGUCUCCCCCCAUCCGCCCCGCCUCCCCGCAUCCGGCCCGCCUUCCCCCAUCCGCCCCGCCUCCCCGCAUCCGGCCCGCCUCCCCCCAUCCGCCCCGCCUCCCCGCAUCCGCCCUGCCUGCUGCAUGGCCAGGUGGGGGCGGGCAAGUCGUCGCUGCUGGCGGGGCUGCUGGGGGAGAUCACUCGUGUGGCAGGCAGUGUGUCCGUGGCAGGCCGUGUGGCUUACACCAGCCAGGUGAGGUCAUGUGGUGACAUGCAUGCGCAUGGUGAUGUGGUGACAUGCAUGCGCAUGGUGAUGUGGUAA